GCAUGUCUGAAAGAUGGAUAUGGACAUUUAGAGCUAAAGUAAAUCAUUAGUAGUCUUAUUCAAGUACAAGUCUCUUAAAUAUACUUUGGAUCCCCAGUAUACCGUUUGAAAGUUAGACGAUAGUUGUUGGCGGUAGUGGUCAUAAACCCUGAGUGUGUUCUUCUACAUAUACAGCAGUUCAGCUUACAUGGCUUCAAACAGGCUUUGUGUUUACUGAAAGUUACUGUGUGGAACUUGUAACUGGUUUAAAAGUAUUUCUCCAUGUCUCUUUAACUUAAGAGUAUCAGCCAGAAGUGUUUUUAUAUGUAGUUAUUCUUAAUGCUCGUCAUCGGAGUCAACGCAAAAUCAGAUGGAAUGAUGCAGGUUCACCAGAAAGUCCUUCAGCUUGAACUCCAGCAGCGACCAGCUGCCGCUCCCGACCCCCGCAGGCGGAUGCUCUGGCGGGAGGAGGAGAACGCCGCUCCCGGCAGCAGCGUCUCCUUCUCCGACCAGGAGCUUCGCCUUGCUGGUCCACUGGGAGCAAACCCUGGCACUGUGCUGCUGGAGACCCCGGCCAUAUAGCUGGGCCAACUGGAGGGAAGGGAGGCAUGAAUGAACCAGAACUGGGCAGGUCAGAUCGUUAGACCUGGUUCCGGUUGGUUGACACAAGAAAGUACCGCGUAGUAACUUCCAAUUGACUGUAGAGUGAAGUAAUGCACGCCAUUUUUCAAGACUUCAACUGCACUCUGCUCAUGCUUAGAAGGCAAAGAGAGCACUUGUAAGUUGACUCUGAAACCCCAAGUUACAGGGCAACAGGCAUUUUUAAUGGGAGUUCAGUGGUGUGCACACUAUUUGACUGUGGGUCCUUCAUAAACCCGAAGAGACAACAAAGUUGUCCUGCCAAGUCCAGCCGAACACAGACGCCCAGCAGUCUGCUCAAGGCCUCUCCGACCACACAGCCCACUCUUUUUCCAACUUCGACUCAGGCCGAAAGAGAGCGAAAGUUGAGGUAAAGAGAGGAACACGAGAGCAGCCCACGACCUCUUCAGUUCACAGGGAUUUGACUUUUUGACUGCAUACUUUUCAUUUUCAACUUUUCCUGUCUCUUAAACGACAAUGUCAUUAAACGUUCCUUUCCCCCCCCAAGAUAAUUCUGAUUUAAUUGGAGCACUUACUGUGCUUUUUUUUAGUUCUCAGACAUUGGUAAAUUGAGGUUGUUUACUAAACAUUCUGUUUGUCUCUCUGUGUGUCUGGCUUUAACAAUAAAUUGGUUUGUUCACUGCAAGGGAACAGAGCAACUAAGGAACAAUGUGUCUGCCAUUCAAUGAACUGCAUGGUAACUUUCUCUGUGUGUCACUUUUCCUGUCCAUUGUCAAAACAGGCGACGCAUCCCAACAUGCGGACGUACUAUUUUUGCUCCGACACGGCCAACGAGAUGGAGGCUUGGAUGAAAGUAAUGACAGAUGCUGCACUUUUGCAUUCCGAGCCGGUCAAAAGCUUGGACAAACUAAAAGUGGAGCAGUGUGGACCACAAGAGAUCAAUCAUGUGGCCAACCACAGGCCUCCCCUCACGCAGCCCGAGAUCCAGAACAAUCAACUGAACCGCGAGGUUGACCGUGAGCACGCUGCAGCCGUCCCCGCCGCCGCCGCGGACGAAGAGAGGAAGCGGCGCGACGCUGACCGCUACGGCUUCCAGAAGGACGGCGUGGAGCGCGAGCGCCCACUCACCAAGAUCAACAGCAUCAAACUGCAGCCGGAGCAGGCGGCAGCCGUCAAGGCCAACAUCGCCUCGCCGCAGACUCCCGCAGAAAUGGACGGGUCCCAUCGCAGCCCCCAGGUCAAUGGCUCUGGAGAGCAUUGCCCACCUGAUGGGACCGGAGUGUCCCCUCAGCAAAGUCCCACUCAGGAGCCGGACCGCACCCUGAGCAGGACCAGCUCCAUGCAGCAACUAGAGCACUGGGUCCGUACUCAGAGAGGCCGUAACCAGGACGAUGACACCAGGAGCAUCACGUCGUACCAGACGCUGCCUCGGAACAUGCCGAGCUAUCGGGUGCCAUACAUGCCUCAUUAUGGCGACGGCUACUGCAGCAUGCCCAGGAACAGCAUGGCACAGAGGGACAGCAUCUGCAGCAUGUCGCCGUCGCUGUACGACCAGGCCCUGGGCCCCUCGCCGGUGGACAAGCGCCGCUCCAUGCGCGACGACACCAUGUGGCAGUUGUUUGAGUGGCAGCAGAGGCAGGGUUACACCAGGCCGCCGGGGCGCUACGGCGAUAUGGCCAGUCCCAAAACCAUGAUCAACCUGUCGGACCACGCCGCACCGAGCCACUCCAUCCCCCCCUCCCCCUCCCACGGCUCCCUGUCGAUGUACGGGGGCUACUCUCCGAUGCGCUCCUACAACAUGAACAGUGCUCGCUCGGAGGUGUCCUCUCCCAUUUACCGAGGAGACGUGAGCAUCGACAGGCGGCACAGGCCACAACUCAACAAGUAUGCCUACACACCUGACAGGAGGUCGAUGCCUGCGGGGAUCCCAGUCCAGAACAUCACUGCCCAGUCUCUCCAAGGCAAAACAAACGACAUUCUCUUCCAUCACCUCCAAAGGAACCUCAUGUAUUUGGACAAUCAGCUGAGUCCAGAGGACUACAGGGAUCACGCCUAUACACGUGUGCCAGAAGAAGUGGACAUUGAUAACAAACUGAGCAGGCUGUGUGAGCAGGAGAAAGUGGUGAGGACGCAGGAGGAGAAACUUCAGCAGCUGUACAGAGAGAAGCACACCCUGGAGACGGCUCUGCUUUCAGCCAGCCAGGAGAUCGAGAUGGGCUCCGAUAACCCUGCUGACAUGCAGAGUGUCAUCCAGCAGAGCGACCUGCUGCAGAGCGGCCUGCUCGGCACCUGCAGAGAGCUCUCCAGAAUUGCAGCUGAGUUGGAGGUGUCGGGGAGGGACUACGAGAAGCUGGAAGGUGAUGUGACUCUGGCUAAGAACAACCUCCUGGAACAGCUUGAAGCCCUGGGAAGCCCUCAGACGGAGCCUCCCAGCCAGCAGCAUGUCCGCAUCCAGAAAGAACUUUGGAGGAUUCAAGAUGUGAUGGAGGCCCUCAAUAAUAAUAAAGCUCAGAGAAUUGCUGACGGUAUGAGCUCGUAUGGGCCCAAGACCAACAUCAGCAAACACACAAAUGAGGGCCCAGACUACCGACUGUAUAAGAGUGAACCAGAGCUCACCACAGUGGCUGAGGUGGAUGAGAGCAAUGGGGAGGAAAGAUGUGAGCACCCGUCUGAUCGAGAUCAUUCUGGAAACAAAGGGAUGUCCUACCCAGUCGGCAUUGUCCCACCCUGGACCAGAUCUCCAGUGCCGGACUCCUCCUCCAUAGCGUCAUAUGUUACCUUAAGGAAGAGCAAGAGGCCCGACCCCAGGACGCUGAGUCUAAUGGAGCGUCCUCGCAGCGCGGUGGAGCAGCAGCAGCUGUGUGCCGGGGAGAGCGGGCGGCCCAGGAUGAGUGUGGAGGAACAGCUGGACAGGAUCCGCCGCCACCAGCAGGGUGCCCCCAGGGAGAAGAAGAAAGGUCUCCACGUCCGGGGUGGCAGCCAGGAGAACACGCCCUCUCGCAGUCACUCGUUCACCAAAGAGAACCAUUUCCGUAUGCAGUCCCAAACGAGACGCAGAGGAGAGGGGAUAAGAUGUGACAUUGACGAGCUGGAGGCCUUGCUCAGGCAGCAGGAGGUGAUGACGGACCAGGAGACGCCCGCCGAGGAGAUCGCCCGUCUCAGAGAAGCCUCGCAGUAUGAACACUUAAAUAUGGACCGGGAGCUGUCUGUGCCGGACAAAGUGCUGAUUCCUGAGCGUUAUGUGGAGUCGGACCCCGAGGAGGCCCUGAGCCCCGAGCAGGAGGCUGAUAAGCAGAGGAAAGUGAAUCGCAUCAAAGCCCUCAUAGCCAGAAACAGCAUGCAGCAUGUGCAGCCCAGUAUGGCCCUGAGCCCCGAGGAGGAGACCGAAGUAGAGGUUACCGUGCAGGAGAAGGAGAAGAUGAUUAAUAUCUCCUAUGAGCUGGCAGCGGAGGCCUCCAAACGCAGCAAGCUGGUAGCAGCGAAGAGCCUGUCAUCCUCUUCCUCACCCCUUCCACAGCCUCCUAACACACACCCCCAACUCACUGAUGGGUCUCACUUCAUGUGUGUGUAGUAGCACCACACAGGCGCUGGCCUCAGUGAAAAGCUACACAUGAAGGAAACAUCAGAAGAGGUGUGAAGAUGCCCCUGAAGACUUCCCCAAGGACAUCAGCACAAGGCCGCAGCCUACAGAGAGUGAGACUGCCUUCUCCGUACUCUGGGUUCUUAACCUCUGACUUCUGUAUGCUCACUGUGACGUCUUACGCUCUUAUGCCACCAACAACGCUUAUCCUGUGAUAUCUCUCUGUUCACUCCCCUCACCACAGAAUACAGCUUGAUACUGUUAUUGUUGCAGUUCCAAUUUUUGUUUUUACAAAGUUUUUAAGGUUAUUUUAAUUAUUUAUACGGUUUUAUUAGGUUCUCGUUUGAAUGUGGGCCAACAUUGGUCUCUAUAUGUAUAUACAUGAGGCUAAUGGACUGAGCUCUGUUGUUGGCUUAAGGGUCUUGGGACAAUGUUUUGGCCGAAUUUUACAUUCACGUUUCACUAUACGUUCUAAAAGGUUUGAAAAACAUAUUUUCACAUUAUUUUACAUUUACCAGAUAACUAUAGUCUUUUAUAAGUCGCUAACCAUUCAUAUUUAUCCAUUUAUUGUAAAGAACAUUUGGCGAAUGCGAAAGAUGAGUCUAUAAAAGAUGUAGAUCUCUCCAUUAUAAAUAAAAGGUGGAGCCACUUUAUUGCUGCAGACCAAGAUUAUUUUUAAUUUCUCCUGUUUCUGGGUUGUAAUUAUUUAAAAAUGGGAUCUUCUGUCGUCCCUGUCGCGUUGUUGCCGACACAUAUGUGAAUGUUUAAGUCACUCUAUUCUGUCUUUUUUUGUAUUGCUGAGAGAUAUAUUUAAACCGAGAGAAGGAAAACAAAUCUGAGUUUGGUUCUAUUUUAUGAUAUGUUAGUUUGAAGACUUGGAACUAAAGAAAAGAAAAAAGUUAGCACAUGUAAAAAGCAAUAACAAAUCAAAUGUUUGUGGAUCCAGGAUUUUGUGUGUACAAAGUGUAAUUAUCAGAGCUUUACUGUGUAUAUAAUGUACAUGGUACAGCAGGAUGGGGGAUGUAUCCAACAUAAGGUUACAUACUAAAUUUAAUUUGCAAAUGUUCAUAUCCCAUCUGUUUUAUAUCAUGUUAAAUAAAUGUUGCUGUUCUUAACGAGA